AUGAUGCUGGUGGAAAGAGCACAGCUGCUGACUUUGCCCUCUCCCUAUUCUUUCCCUGUUUUCUCCACUUUCUGUUCGUCGCUUCCUGCCGCCGCCGCCGCUGCUGCUUCUCUUCCCCUCCCCCCACUCUCUGGCGGUUUUUUCGUUCCCUUUCGUUCGCCCUUCUUGCUCGACGUUGCCCUCGCGUUGCCCUUGCCCGCUCGACGUUCCCUUCUGUCUAACUUCCUUUUGUUCCCACAGUGUGUGUCAGUGUAG